UUUCAACUCAAAAACCUCUUCCCAUCUCAUUUUCAUCUUCCCCAAAAAUGUCCGACGAAGACAAAAGCGCGGGCUCAAUCGGCCCAUCCCGGCCCGAAGACGAAGCCCUCCGCUUCAAGACACUAGCCGAGGAGAAUUUCACCUCCGGCGACCUCAAAUCCGCCCUGAAGCACGCCAACCGCGCGCGCAAACUCCACCCAUCCCUCGACGGCCUGCCGGAGAUGAUCACCGCCUUCGAAAUACUCCACGCCGCCGCCGCAGACGACCAGAUUUCCUCGCCGGAUUACUACCGGAUUCUGCAGGUGGAGCGAUUCUCACACCCCAACACAAUCAAAAAACAGUACAAAAAGCUGGCUCUGUCCCUGCACCCGGACAAAAACCCGUCCCCGUCGUCGGCAGAGGCCUUCAAGCUGGUCGGAGAGGCCUCGCGCGUGCUGUCGGACAAAAUCCGGCGGAAAGAGUACGACAUGCGGCUUCGGAUCUCGAUGCAGUCGGAAGCCGUCGAGGAGAUGGGGCCGCCGACGGCGGCGGAGGAGAAGUUCUGGACAUCGUGCUCGGUCUGCGGGUUAGUGCAUCAGUUUGAGAGGAAGUACUUAGGGCAAAAUCUGGUGUGCCCCAGGUGCAGAAAGAGCUUCAAGGCCAUGGAGGUUGAUAAGGAAGGUAAGAAUAGUGUGAUAGAUGUUGAUAAGAGUCCAAUUAGGGUUAGCGCCAGGAUCAAGGAGCAAUUUGCCAAAAAUGGAAGUCUGGGGAUUGUCGAGAAAUGUGGGUUGCUGGUGAAGAGGAAAUUCAGUAGUGUUAAUGAGGUUAUAGAGAGGUCAGCAAUGAAAAUUGAGAGGAAACACGGAAAGUCAGAUAAAGUCGAGAAAUUUGGAAAUGGGAAAACCAGUAAGGAGGGGAAUGAUGAUUCACGAACAAGGAGAGCUGUGGGAAGGGUGGGAUAUGGAGUCGAGAAAGAAUCCCCUAGUGACGAGCUCGAGAUAGUUGAGAGUGAAGAGGAUAGCAUGACACUUUCCCAAAUGAAGGUUUUGGCGAAAAGGAUGAAAAGGGGAGUCAAGGAAAAUUUGACAGUGAAAGAGAAGGAGGCAGAAAGCGAGAAGGGAGAGGAGGAGAGAGAGGAGGAGAACAAUGAGGAAACGAAGGAGAAGACUUUGAAGGUUUAUACACGGAGAGUCCGAAAGGACCGUGAUGCCGUAACUAUAACUACAGUUACAUCCGAAAAGGAUAAUUUAGAGGUUUUGCAAGAGGAGGAAAGCAUGAGACAGAAAGAAACCAAAACAGAUGGCAAGAGAGAGAAGAGGGAAAGGCGACGGGUUUCCAAGUACGGGAAUCAUAAACCCAAGAAGAGGGAGAAAUCAAGAAAUCAAACGGAUUUAGAGAUUGAGAGGCUCAUGGCAAAAAAGGACGGUAAUCUGGAGAUAAUGCCGGUGGAGGAUUCGGAUUUUCACGAUUUUGACCGGGAUAGAAAAGGGAGGAGCUUCCAGAAAGGGCAGGUGUGGGCCGUUUAUGAUGAUGAUGACGGGAUGCCGAGGCAGUAUGCAUUGAUCGAGAAAAUUAUCUCUGUAAACCCUUUUGAGGUGAAUCUGAGCUGGUUGUUGUUUCAGACCAAGGGCAAUGAGACCAUAAAUCGCAGGAAAACGAGACUGCACUUCUCAUGCGGGAGCUUUGAGGUCUCUAGGAGAGUCUCGGUUAAGUAUCUGAAAUUAUUUUCUCAUGCUGUGGACUGUGAACGGGCGGCUAGGGAGGUGUACCGGAUUUACCCCUCAAAAGGGUCAGUUUGGGCGCUUUAUGGGGAUAAUGAUGGUAGUAGGGAUAACAGGUGUUAUAAUAUUGCUGUAUGCUUGAGUGGUUAUAAUGAGUUAUAUGGGUUGAGUGUUGGUUACCUCGAGAAGGUGCCUGGUUUUAGGACGGUUUUCAAGAGAAAGGAAAUUGGGGUGAAUGGGGUCGUUAAUCUUGGCAAAAACGACGUUAAGUUGUUUUCGCAUCAGAUUCCGGCCAAAAAACUGUCGGGUGAAGAGGCUUCAGGACUUCCUAAGGAUUGUUGGGAGCUCGAUCCUGCUUCGCUUGCUCCACAGUUGCUUGUUGAGACAUAGGCCCGACUUCUUUAACAAUAAUGUACGAGGCAAUCACAAAACAGGCGGCCUGAACCAGCCGGAAAACGAGUCUCCCCUCUCCCGGCUCUUCAAUCUCCGGCCGCCGCCACCACAUGAACCGCCUCCACUUGCGGCUGACGCACCGCAUCAUGGCCAGGCCAGCCGCAUCGAGCCGCUCGGCCACCGCCACCUGGAGAUCCUCUGGCAGGGAUUCGAAGAGGUGGAAUCUCGGCAGCACGUCGAGGGUCCCGUCUGACGGCAGACCGUCCAUGAGAGACUCGUCGUAGGUGAUUUGGUAGUCGUUGCCUUCGUUGUUGGUGUAGAAGAAGGCGGCUUUUUUCGAGCCGUUGAGGAUGAGGAAGGCGGGUCUUGGGUUUCGUGAGGAGGAGGAGGAGGAGAGGCUCGGGAGAUGGCGUGUGGCGAAGCAGUAGCUUCGGUUGGAUAGGGCUUCGACGAGGUUGUUCCAGGUGACGGUGGGCUGAGAGGGGUAGGGGAAGGAGAGUUCGGUUCUCGGGUCGCAGUCGGUUGAAGUGAUGAGGAGCUUCACGGAUGGGCGGCGGCGGCCGGUGGAGGUGGUGGGGUUGAUUGCCGCCAGCGACAUGUUUUUUCUUGAUUUUUAAUGGAGAUUUUGUUUGUGUUAGGAAUAUGGGUCUUCAUGAAUUUUAUGUGUUGGGUAUGUAUAAGAGGUCUGACUCGAGAAGAUUGUGUUGGGGUUUGAUAAUUAGAAAUUAAGUUUUGUAAUUUUUUUAUUUUUUUU